GGAGAAGCAAACACCAUAUCUUUCAGCCAUCAACAUCCCACACACAGAGUGAGUGAUCUGAUCGAAACCGCAUAUGCGGCCACAAACUAAUCGGUAAAAAGCACACCAGACCCCACUUCCACUCGCGUUCCCAUCCUCCAACUAAUUACAUUACAAUAUCAAAUAAAAAGUCCAUUUGGGUGCUUUGGUUUGGUUCCCCUCACCACAAUUAUUAACCCUUUUGUGUUGGCAUCACCACAAUUUAAUCCCUCUCUCUCUUACUCAUUCUUCCCAUCUACUACUACUCCUGCUAUUACUAUAAAUAUAGCCCCUCCCGAGUUUUCGGCUAGCUAGCUUCAGCAAAAGAAAAUUCAGCAUCUUUAAAGCCAUGGCGGCUGUGGGAGACGAAAAGGAGCAGGAGGAGCUUAUUCCUGGCUUACCCUACGAAAUUGCAGAGCUGUGUCUUCUUCACGUUCCGUACCCUUACCAAGCUUUGUCGCGCUCUGUUUCGUCGACGUGGAACAGAGCAAUAACGCACCCUUCUUUUAUUUUCUCCAAGAAGACCCUCUCCCGUCCUCACCUCUUCGUUCUCGCGUUUCAUUCACAAACUGGGAAAAUCCAGUGGCAGGCGCUCGACCCUUCCUCGGGGCGCUGGUUCGUUUUACCGCAGAUGCCCUUGCAGGAAAACUCCUGCCCCACGGAGUUCGCGUGCGCGGCGCUGCCGCACCAGGGGAAGCUCUUCGUCAUGGCCGGCGGCGGCGGCGGUUCAGACACCCUCGUCUACCGCGCCGCCACGAACCAGUGGGCUCUGGCGGCGCCCAUGCCGGGAGGGAGGAAGAGGGGCUUCUUCGCGGCGGAGGGAGUGGAGGGAAAGAUCGUAGCAGUCGGGAGAAGCGGCACGGACAUCUACGAUCCGGAGAGCGACACGUGGCGGGAGGGGAAGAAGCAGGGGGGGGAGCUGAAGAGGUACGAGGUUGUGGCGGCGGGAGGGAAGGUGUACGUGAGCGAGGGGUGGUGGUGGCCGUUCAUGUACCGUCCACGGGGGUGGGUGUACGAAACGGAGAAGGACACGUGGCGGGAGAUGGGGGUUGGAAUGAGGGACGGUUGGAGCGGGGUGAGUGUGGCGGUGGGGGGAAGGGUUUUCGUGAUAGCGGAAUACGGGGACGCGCCGGUUAGGGUGUACGACGAGGAGCAGGACACGUGGCGCUACGUGAAAGGAGGGAGCUUUCCGAGGGACGUUAUAAAGAGACCGUUUUUGGCGACGGGUUUGGACAACAGAAUCUACGUGGCAUCGUACAAUUUAAACGUUGCAAUUGGAAAGAUGAAGAGUGAUAGAAUCCAAGGGAAAGGUGAUUUUGAGGUUAGUGUGACGUGGGAGGUUGUGGAGGCGCCGUCUGCUUUCCGCGAAUUCUCACCUUGUACUUGUCAAGUGCUCUAUGCUUGAAUUGUGGCCAGGGUGGACAUGUUUUUACUUUCUAAUCUAGUUUUCUUGUACCAUAAUUAUUCAAUAUGUGUUCUCUUGGAUAAGGGAAAGGGGAAGUGAAGCUUCAUCGUGGAGGGCAUGUUCUGAGCUACUAUAAUUAUUUAAACCUAAUGAAAGUAAACAAAUACAGUCUGACAUUUCUCUUUAUGACCUAAAUUCCUUGUUCCUUUCCGGUGUAUCAUCCUUAAUUGUCUUUCCAAUAGAAAGAACAAAUAAAUCAGUAAUUUUUUUUUCUAA